UGGUGCUGUUGCUGUCAGUUGGUCCUGGCUUAGGUUCCAGAUUCCUUCCGUUGCCAAAAGAAAAAAAACUCCUGGAAACCUAAACGCCAUGCAGAACUUUGGGCUUUAAGUGAUUUUUCCAAAUUGGAAUCAAAAGUGCAAACUUAAAUAAAUUUAGGCGAUAAAGUCAGAGUGGAAAAGCGAGUGGAGGCAGCUGGAAAAAUCGCAUUGCAUUCAUUUGGGCGCACAAAGAAAAUGAGCGCAAAGAUGACACGCUACAAACAAACCGAAUUCACGGAAGAUGAUUCGAGCUCCAUUGGCGGCAUCCAGCUCAACGAGGCAACUGGCCACACUGGCAUGCAGAUACGCUACCACACUGCGCGGGCCACAUGGAACUGGCGCUCGAGGAACAAGACGGAGAAAUGGCUGCUAAUCACCACAUUUGCCAUGGCCAUUAUGAUCUUUACCCUCUUGAUUGUCCUUUUUGCGGAUGGAGGAGCCAGCGAUGCCACCAAACAUGUCCUGCAUGUCCAGCCGCACCAAAAGGAUUGCCCCUCGGGUAACGAGCUGCCCUGCCUGAAUAAGCACUGCAUCUUUGCCUCCAGCGAGAUUCUCAAGUCCAUCGAUGUGACCGUAGAUCCCUGCGAUGAUUUCUAUGGUUACUCGUGCAAUCAGUGGAUCAAGAACAAUCCCAUACCCGAGGGCAAGUCCACCUGGGGCACCUUCGGUAAGCUGGAGCAGAUGAACCAGCUGAUCAUUCGCAAUGUGCUGGAGAAGCCGGCCAAGAGCUUCAAGUCGGAUGCCGAAAGGAAGGCCAAAGUUUACUACGAGUCCUGCCUGGAUGCCGACGAGCAUAUGGAGAAGCUGGGAGCCAAGCCCAUGAACGAUCUGUUGCUGCAGAUUGGCGGCUGGAAUGUGACCAAAAGUGGCUACAAUGUGGCCAACUGGACAAUGGCCCGUACGCUCAAGAUACUGCACAACAGGUACAACUUCAACUGCCUGUUUGGCUGGGCCAUUGGCGAGGAUGACAAGAAUUCCUCCCGCCAUGUCAUCCAGAUUGAUCAGGGUGGACUCACCCUGCCCACCGCCGACUAUUAUAAUAACAAGACGGACAAUCACCGCAAGGUGCUCAACGAGUACAUCGAGUACAUGACCAAGGUGUGCGUCCUUCUGGGUGCCAACGAGACCGAUGCCCGCGCUCAAAUGGUGGGCGUUAUCAACUUUGAGAAGAAGCUGGCCAAUAUCACCAUUCCCCUGGAGGACAGACGCAACGAGGAGGCCAUGUAUCAUCCCAUGCAACUGCGACAGCUGGCCAAGUUGGCACCAUUCCUUAACUGGACGGAUCAUUUUGAUAAUGCCAUGCAGAUGGUGGGUCGCCGGGUCACCGACGACGAGGUGGUGGUUGUCUAUGCCCCGGAUUUUCUCAAGAAUCUCUCGGACAUUAUACUCAAGAUGGAGCAGAGCGAGGAGGGGAAGAUCACCUUGAACAACUAUCUCAUCUGGCAGGCGGUGCGCACCUUGACCAGCUGCCUGUCUAAACCUUUCAGGGAUGCCUACAAGGGUGUCCGGAAGGCCCUUAUGGGCUCGGAUGGUGGCGAGGAGAUCUGGCGGUACUGCGUCUCCGACACAAACAAUGUGGUUGGCUUUGCCGUCGGUGCCAUCUUUGUGCGUCAGGCUUUCCAUGGCGAGUCCAAGCCGGCGGCAGAGCAGAUGAUUGGCGAGAUACGUGAGGCCUUCAAGCUGAACCUGCAGAAUCUCACCUGGGUGGACAAGCAGACGCGCGAGAAGGCCAUCGAGAAGGCCAACGAAAUAUCGGAUAUGAUUGGCUUCCCGGACUAUAUACUGGAUCCCGUGGAGCUGGACCGCAAGUAUGCCGAGCUGAACAUCACGCCGAAUGCCUACUUCGAGAACAAUAUCCAGGUGGCCAUUUAUAAUCUGAAGAGCAACCUGAAGCGCCUCGAUCAGCCGGUGAACAAGACCAACUGGGGCAUGACCCCGCAGACGGUGAAUGCUUAUUAUACGCCGACCAAGAAUCAAAUUGUUUUUCCCGCCGGCAUCCUGCAGACGCCCUUCUUUGAUAUCAACAAUCCCAAGAGCCUUAAUUUCGGGGCCAUGGGCGUGGUGAUGGGUCACGAGCUGACCCAUGCCUUCGACGACCAGGGGCGGGAGUACGACAAGUAUGGUAACAUCAAUCGCUGGUGGGAUGCCAAGAGCAUUGAGCGCUUCAACGAGAAGUCCGAGUGCAUUGCCCGCCAGUACAGUGGCUACAAGAUGAACGGACGGACGCUCAAUGGCAAGCAGACGCUGGGUGAAAAUAUUGCCGACAAUGGCGGUCUUAAGGCGGCCUAUCAUGCCUACCAGCGCACCAAGAGCGAGAAGGAGGCGGAUGUCCUUAGGCUGCCGGGCCUGAACCUCACCCACUCGCAGCUCUUCUUUGUGUCCUUUGCACAGGUCUGGUGCUCCAGCACCACGGAAGAGACCAACCUUCUGCAGAUGGAGAAGGAUCCUCAUUCGCCUUCCCAGUUCCGGGUGAUCGGCACCUUGUCAAACAUGAAGGAGUUCGCCGAGGUCUUCCAGUGCAAGCCCGGCAAGCGCAUGAAUCCCACCGACAAGUGCGAGGUGUGGUAAGGGAAGUGGCCCUGUUCCGAUCUCAGAGUUAGCCAAAAAAGCCAAAGCUAAGAAAGGGGCUGGUUACAGGGACGCAGAGACUCUAAGUGCUGUUCCUGCAUCCGGAAUUCUAAGGCUACAGUUGUCCUAUAUUUUUUUUUAUUAUUAUUUAUUUUUUACUACAAUUAUAUUUGUUUUUUUUUUUUUUUUUUAUUGCCGUCAGUCAUUGUGCCUAUGAAAAUGAUCGAAUCUGACGAUAAAUUUAAAAAUCCAGGCAUGGAUUCUGGGAGAGAGUCGUCCCCUGAGAACCAUGAACUACAUAUUAAAAUGUGAACUGUGUGUGGGGGCGGGUCAUAUACAUAUAUAUAGAUAACGAUAAAUGAUAAAUGAUAAAUGAUAACGAUAACUGUAACUUAGCUAUUUGUAGAACUAUUAAUGUAUAUUGUAUUAUAAAGAUACAAAGUAAUGCAAAGAUUUGUGGCUCGUGGACCCAAGGCCAAAUUAAUGUGAUGUUUAGUCAGUGCUUUUAUUUAGUUUUUAUUUUAUAUUCCAAAAGAAACCAAGAAAAGAGUUUUUCAUAUAUUUUUCUCUGAAUAAAAUUAAUAAAAGUAAAUUAGGAUUUACUAGAUAUUUGAAAUCUCUUUAAAAACUGUCUAAAAGUAUGAUAUAAAUUUUUUUAAAUCUGUUUUGCUUUUUAAUUGUUUCGAAGAGGUUUUUCUACCCAAAAUUCUGGACUUGGGCCGUAGAUUUGUGGCUGAGAGAAAGAAAAACACACAUACAUUAACUAGUGAGUGUGAAAGCGAGAGAGAUGGCAAUACUAAGAGGGUUUUCCUUGUUUUCCAAUUAUUUUUUUAUAUAUAAAAUAAUAUGUUUUACCCUUAGUUACAUUUACCUUUAGUUAGCAGCUGCAGAGGGACACCAAAACCUAUACCAAUUAAAAUUACUUACUGCUCAGAUAUACUAUAUUGAGAUUAUAUAGCCAAAGAGAGACACACACACACAUAUCAGACUUCGAUGAUGUGACACCAAAUCCGAGCAUUUUGUGAUAGGAAAUAGUUAAUGCCACCUUCGAGCCAAAAUAAAUCCAAAGUUAGUCAGUCAAAGCACAAAAGAAAUCUCCCCUAAGAAACAUUUUUUUCUUGGAGAUCUUUCGGUUCCUUAAAACUCUCAUCAUGGAGGAGCCUCAUAAUUGUUCAGUUUUCGGUUGGGGUCUGGUACUCGUACUAUGCAUUUAAGUUCCCGGUUCCACUCACUCGAGAGCAGAUGAUUUUUGUAUUCUAUAUAUUGUACUAUAUAUAUAAACGAUACACAAACGAGAUAAUACACAUAAAACAUUAUACAAAAAAUAAGAAAAAACUACAAUAUACGGUAAACUGAGUGUUUAAAUGCAAGUUAUUUUUAUUGUCUAUGAAUAGAGCGUGCAUGUAUACAUUUGAAAAAGUGAAAAUAAAAUCAAUAACUGUGACUACGA